AUGGCGGAAAAAAUCACCGAGGAGCAGGUCAACGACCUGUUGAAGAUCCUCCGCACCGAUGCCAGCGUCGACCACAAGGUCCAGCACGUCACCGGCAUCAAGUCCGGCAUCAAGCAGCACAAUGUCCCUGAUGCCCUCGUUCCGCCAAUCUUCGAAGGCCUCCGCACCGCGUCCGUCUCGCCGCACGCCGUCCUUGUCAACGCCGGCUUCACAGCUCUCAACCAUCUGUUGACAAGGCUCUCGAGACAGGAGCCCAAGUAUAUCGCCAAGGAGGCGAAGCACACACUUCCGUUGGUCAUUGACAAGCUGGGAGAUCCAAAAGACAAGUUCAGAAGCCUUGCGUCGCAGGCGUUGACGACCAUGUACGCGGCGGCGCCCAUGGAUGUUGAGCGCUCAGUGCGCAACGUCGCCAUGGUUGGCAAGAACCCGAGGGCCAAGGAAGCCGGCAUGCAAUGGCUGCUUUACAUGCACCAAGAACACGGUGUUCAGUUCCGCGCAUACGUGCCGACCCUCAUGGAGCUUCUCGAGGAUGCCGACGGCAUGGUGCGCGACGUUGCUAAGAGCACCGUCAUCGAGCUAUUCAGACAAGCUCCCAACGCAGCCAAGUCCGAUCUCAAAAGACAACUGAAAAACUUCAAUGUCCGCCCUGCGAUCGAGCAAGCCAUCGUCAAGGAGCUGGCGCCCAACACAGCCGAGCGGCCGAAAACGCCAGGCUUGGAGGCUGCCGCCCCCGUCGCCGCCCCCAGACCGAAGCUCGCCGCAAGUGUGUCGUCCGUCUCGAGUGAACGCCCCAUCACGCCAGCGCCCGAGGCCCGGAGUGAGGUGGAUCCUGCAUACGUCAAUACCCAACGCGAACUGGACGACAUCUUUAGGGAGAUGAUGACGUACUUCGAGGGGAAGGAGACCGAGCAGAACUGGCUGAAGCGCGAGGAGAGCAUGACCAAGCUGCGGAAGCUCAUUGCCGGCAACGUUCCGCAAGACUUCCCGGACGCCUUCAUGCUCGGCCUCAAGGGACUGCUGGAUGGAAUUAUCAAGGCUAUCACCUCUCUGCGAACCAGUCUCUCCAAAGAGGGCUGCAACUUGGUCCAGGACGUUGCCAUGACGUUCGGCCCUGGCAUGGAUCCUUUGGUGGAGCUUCUUAUGCAGACCUUUAUCAAGCUUGCCGCGGCAACCAAGAAGAUUGCCUCCCAACAGGCAAACACCACGGUCGAUAUCAUCAUUGGCAAGGUCACAUACAGCUCGCGAAUCAUGCAGCAUAUCUGGGGCGCAUGUCAGGACAAGAAUGUUCAGCCUAGGACCUACGCUACCGGGUGGCUCAAGACAAUUCUGAACAAGGAGGCUCACCAUAAGAGCCACAUCGAGCACGGCGGCGGCCUGGAGCUGGUAGAGAAAUGCAUCAAAAAGGGUCUCAACGACGCGAACCCUGGCGUCAGAGAACGAAUGCGUGCUACCUACUGGGUGUUUGCCAAGACCUGGCCGGCAAGGGCGGACAUGCUCCGAGACACUCUCGAACCCACGGCCCAAAAGCUUCUAGACAAGGACCCCAACAACCCCAACGCCCCUAAGAGGGAAGUUGACAGUGGCCGUGCAAGGCCAGGCCUUGGCCUGUCUAAGAGUACGAUGGCCAGUAGCAAGCCAAGCUUGCGUGAAACUAUGCUGGCGCAGAAGAAGGCGACAAUGGCGGCAUCCCGAAAUCUGCCUCCCCGCCCGGGUUCCGCAAUGGCUAAUCUAUCUCCGGUUCGGCCACAACAACCAGCGCCGAGCUCCUCUUCGACCGGCCCGGCGCCCUCAUCGAAGCCAACAGCCUCCGGUGGCAUGUCUGUCCGGCCAAUGAGACCUACAAAGAAGCGCCCGGAGAUGGCCGCAAGACCGGCGACAGCUGGUCCCUACUCCGUGCGGACACACGAUGGGCCUUCCGCCGAAGCACCGAGCCCCGAAAGCCUCAAGUCCAAGAGCGUCACACCAAAGUCGAGAACCGAGGCGUCUCCGCGAAGAGCUGCUAGUAGACCGCGCGCCGCAACAUCUCACGCUAAUGGCCCGAAUGUUGCAUCGCCUAGUGCUGCCAAGUCAACUCUCUCCAAGUCGGUAUCUUCGCCCCGUGCUUCGCCCCGGUCUAGUCCCGCGAAGCCUAAGAGGUCACAAACCACGAUACCUUCGAGCAGUCCAUCCAAGGACAACGAAGAUCUCACAUUGGUUGUGCCAAGUCUCGCCAGUUUGAAAUCGCCUCCAAGAGAUGGCCCCGCGGAAUUGCUGCCAGCAGCCGCAGUGGAAGCGGCGCCGGUGAACAUUUCUGUAGAGAUCCCCUUGCCCGAGGUUGAGCCUGCGCAAGAGCCUGUACCGGAGCAUAUACCGGAGCCUUCACCGGAACCCACCGAGCAGCCCCUCGCGGAGCCCGAGGCCGAGGCCCCUACUGAAGCACCACAGGACGCGCCAGCAGAAAAGCCUGAGGAGGCACCUGCCGAUGUAGCUGUGGAGGCUCCGGCCGAGGAACCGCCAGCUCCCGCGACUCCCGUCAAGGAGGAAGCGGCCGAGUCUGAACCCGCCCCCUCCAACGAUCUGAAAGUGUUUGAAGACCCAUUCGUGGACGAUCAAACAACUGCAAACCCUAGCAUCACUGUCCCAGUGUUGGAGGACAAGCCUGUGAACGAGGUUGCUGCGCCCGCAACCAACGGCCACUUUGAUAUGAACGGCACCCCUGAGACCCCUGAAAAGGCCCGCCAGACUUCGAGGUUGCUCGACAGUGGCGUGACCAGAGUCAAGGCAAAGUCUUUGGACGUGCAUGGCUUCAGGAAACUGCAAUCCAUCAUUAGGGACAACAAGGCGGUUUUCACUGAUGAGAAGUUCGAAGCCCUUCUCCGCGGGCUCUUCGAGUACCUCGAGGCACCCCUGGAGAACCUCGCGCCGGAGAGGGUGCAGGACGUCAAGGCCCAGAUCCUCGCCACGAUCAAGCUUCUGCUCAAAAAGGAGCGAGACAACUUCCAGCCCCAUGUCUCACGAGGCCUCGAGUCCCUCGUAGCAACGCGCAGCGCCUACGAUGCGCGCACCCGCAUUGUCAGCGGUCUUGAGCUCCUCGCCGAAGAGCUUGUGGCCCUUGGGGACCCGCCCGAGAUUGUCGUGGUCAUGGUCAAGCUCCUGCAAAGCAAGCAAGAUUCAUCGAUCGAGGGUAGCCGCUGCCUUGCCACAGGCCUGCACGUGCUGAAGGAGCUACUUGACAAGCGCACUGGGUUCACGCCCUCGGAGAGCGAACUCGCGCAGCUGGGUGGGCUUGCCGGCCGAUGCCUCGAGUCGACUGACUCCGGCGUGCGCAUGGGUGCUGUACAGCUCUGCGUGGCGCUGCACUCGCGCAUUGGCGAUGGGGCGUUCUGGGAGCUCAUCAAGGGCACCAAGGACGACCCCAAGAACCUCAUCACGUACUACAUUGCGAAGAAGCAGAGGGAGAGCAGCGCCGUUGCCGCCUAA